AUGAGUAAAUCAGAGAAAGCUUUUUACUUCCCCACCAGUUGGGAAGCGGGCGAUGAGCAACCUAACACAACUCGCUCUGCAGGCACAAAUCCCCAUUCCAGCGGCAGAGCGAGUCCUUUCCCAGGCGGCGAUGCGAGAAGCAACCCACCUCCUCCGUCUGGGAAUACACCUGGGAAGCAAGCAGACUAUAAUCUCGACCCUACAUCUUCCUCUAGCACCCAAGAGGCACCAUCAACUGAUGUCAUGGAACAUGUUGAAGUCCCUAUUGCCUCAUCUUCCUCCUCUCAACCAACCCCGGAGAACCCCCCAUCUACUGUCCCAAAGCGCGAAAGCCAAAGUACAAACCCAACGGCGGCAGAGUUCAGAGAUACAGAAACCACCACACCAUUAACCAGAGCUCCCUCAAAAGCCUCCAUUAAGGCGAGCAGUUCAAACCUCAACGUUAGCACGCUGGGUCUUCCAACUCAAGCACCAACACCAACACCCUUCCCAACUCCAGCUACUGGGUCAUCCAACCCGGUAUCGACCCACCCUAUCCCCAUCCAGACAAUCCCCGCAACGCCUAGAGAGCCUGAUAUGACAACGACUAGGCCGCAGGAGCAGCUACCUGCCCUUUUUGCGGGGCUUAAAGUGAGCUUGCUCGAUUUACCUGCCGCCAAGGAGGGGGAUAACACAGCGGCACUUUUUGGUGGAAGAGCAGAGGAAAAUCAGUCUAGGGGUGAAAACAUGGAAACAACGCAAGAGGAGAAAUUUACUACUGCUACCACCGAGAGUUCAACUCUCGGAGUCGUAGAGGUUGAUGAACUAGAUAGCAGGAAACAGAAUAAUGACGCCGAGGAAUGGGAGGAGCAGGCAGAGCGGGAUAACAAGCCUCAGCACACGUUGGCUGAUAGUUUAAUCUUGGGAGAUGCAAACAGUAAAGAGAUUGACAACUCAACCCCCGAUUACCCUACUUACACCAAAGGCUUCUCGCCCAACAUCGCACCCCCUGCGAACUACAAGGCACCUUUCUCCAAAACCGAUCUAUUACUUAGUGACACGACUCAGCCUGAGUAUUUGAACGCGCUAUUCUUGGCUAUCCACAAAUCAGUCCUCGAGGACCAGCGCAGAAUGGCAUUUGAGUAUACAAGAGCUCUAAACACGGCCCCAGGGUCUAAGAUGAUACCGGAAGAUGUAGCUAGAUUCAAGGAAUACGCCAGAGGAAGAGACGAUGAUGAAUCUGUCUUGCUCGGCCAGCGCGCCAUUGAGGUUAUGGGAAAUGAACAACUCAACCUGGUCGCCGAGAUACUAAGGCGAGAGGAUACGUCUACUAAAAUUCAGCCAAAGCUCAUGGCUAACGAGGUGUUGAAUCAUGCAUUAUUCGAUGAGAAUAACAGACUACGCCAGGAACUUGUAAAAUCAGAACAUGGGCGAGAGGGUCAUGCCAAGAGGAAGGAAGAGCUGCUGGGAGAGCUCGAGCGAACAGAGAACGAUAAGUGGGCGGCGUUGGCACAUAAUAGGAGGUUAGAAGAACAGCUUAAGGAAAUUGCUAAAUCUUCAAACGAGAAAGUCGGCAAACAGAAAGCCGAGGAGCAGGUAGUUGAGGAGGAAGUCGACGAGCAGGGUCAUAUAUUAUUCUAUCAGAAUAAUAGUCUGCGCCAAGAACUCAUAAAAGCAGAAUAUAACCAAGAUUAUUAUACUAAGUGGAAGCACGAGUUGCUGGUAGUGCCCGAGAGGAUAGAGGAUAAAUGGGCGGCAUUGGAAAAUAGUAGGAGGCUAGAAGAAGAGCUUAAGGAAAUUACUAAAGAUUCGAACGAGAAAGUUGGCAAACAGAAAGCCGAGGAGCAGGAUAUCAACGAGCAGGAGUAUGUACUAUUCCAUGAGAAUAACAAACUCCGCCAAGAACUCGCAAAAUCAGAAUUUGAGCGACAGGGUCAUGCCAAGAGGAAGGAAGAGCUGCUGGUAGAGCUCGAGAGGACAGAACAGGAUAAAUGGGCGGCAUUGGCAAAGAUUAGGAAGCUAGAAGAACAGCUGAAGGUAAAAGCUUCCAACGAGAAAGCCGAGCAUCAGAAAGUCGAGGAGGAAAAGAUAACCAUACAUGGCGAGACAGAGAAGGAGAGCGGAACGCUAGUAAAAGAGCCAGCCUUGACAGAUUUGCUAGCACAAUUCUUUGAACCAGGUACGACUGGCAAGAAAGAUAACAAACAGGUCGGCAAAGCAGGGCAUAUAGACCAAGUAGGAAUGGAAAGGCUUAAGCAAGAAACCAUGGCCUUUCACGGGGAUGAACGAAGCUCGAUGCUGUUUAACCAGCGAUAUUCGGACUCAAAUACGGGGAGCGGGAAUCGGUCAGCGUCAUUGGAAGUCGAACAAGGAGAUCUAUCCAAGCUAAAAGAGCAGCAAUUAGAAUCCCACAGCAGCGGUAAAGGGCGAGUAACUGCAGAAAGCGUCGACUUCGCUAUCCUGCGGUGCGAGGUAGCAUUACAGACUAUGGCAUACGAACGUGCCUUGCAUGGUUGUACGGACCUUGAUGGGCUUGCCGCCAUCGGCGCGGCCGAGGACGCCAUCCAGAUGAGCAGAGAGCUGCAGGAGCCAGAAUGGGCCAGUUGUAUGGCCCGGAGUCGUUUCUGGGCUGGAAUUGCUAACUUUUAUGGAAAUCGCUUUAGAGAGGCUCAGAUGAACCUAGAGUGGUUCUUGGGCAGAGAGUGGUGUGUAGAUGCGCUUGAUCCAGAGAGAGAAGGAAAAUGGCUUCAUGAUUGGAUUGACCUUGAGGCGACGAGCCCGUCGGAAGAUCCAGAUGAUUAUCGGUGGGGAAUAAGCAGACCGGAGGUAGGACAAACCAAAAGAGGUCCUGAUGUGCUCGUCAACGAUCUUGACUGGGGUUUGAGUAGCCAGGGAGGAAGCGAACAUGAUGAGAUCAGAGGACGAACAAAAUCGCGACCGGUAUCAUGGGACACCAUUCCUGUCCUUGAUUAA